CGAGAUUUUCAAGCGUUAUGGGAUCAAUUGAUGGAAAUGAUUUUCAGGAAAUUGUUCCUACUACAUUACCUUCAGGUUGUGAUUCGGGGGACGAAGUAGAUAAAGCUUCCCAGCAAGGGUUGAGGUGUAGUUUUGAUCGUUUGUCAAUAGAUGUUCUAAAAUUGUUGUGUAAGGGUGAGGGUUUGUUAGAAUCGGGAACGAAGAAGGAAUUGGUAGAGAG